UUAAGAAUGGCGGGGCGGGGCCGCGUGGGCCGUCGGGCUGGCUGCGCAUGCGCAGAGCCCGCGGCCGCCCCAUUCAAGCCGUUGGGGCCGCUGCGGCCCCCCCCGGGCCCCCCCCCAGCCAUGGUGGCCUGGGUGCUGAGCCGGGCCGUGCUGCUGGUGUUCGGGAUGCUGUACCCCGCCUACGCCUCCUACAAGGCCGUGAAGAGCAAAAACAUCCGCGAAUACGUGCGCUGGAUGAUGUACUGGAUCGUCUUCGCCCUCUUCAUGGCCACCGAGACCGUCACCGACAUCUUCCUCUCCUGGCUCCCCUUCUACUACGAGGUGAAGAUGGCCUUCGUCCUCUGGCUGCUGUCCCCCUACACCCGCGGCUCCAGCCUCCUCUACCGCAAAUUCGUGCACCCCACGCUGGCCCGCAGGGAGCAGGAGAUCGACACCUACAUCGUCCAGGCGCGGGAGCGGGGCUACGAGGCCGUGCUGAGCUUCGGCAAGCGGGGGCUCAACAUUGCCGCCACCGCCGCCGUGCAGGCGGCCGCCAAGAGCCAGGGGGCUCUGGCCGGGCGCCUGCGCAGCUUCAGCAUCCCCGACCUGCGCUCCCUCCCCGACGACGCCCCCCUACACUACCGGGACCCCCUUUACCUGGAGGGCGAACCGGGACCGGGGGGGGCCCUGCGCACCCCAUGGCCGGGAGCUUUAGGGGAUUCGGGGGGGGGCUGCACCAGAACCAUCGGCUGGCCCCUACCCCGCGGGGCACCCCCGCGUUGUGACAGCGAGGAGGAAGAGGAGGAGGAGGAGGAGGAGGAAGGGCGCUGGUCGGAUUCGCAGCUCCCCCCCGAGCCCCCCCCUCAACCCCGCGACCCCAAACCCAUCUCCCGGAGCCAGAGCUUGCGCACGGCGAAGAAGAAACCCCAAAACAAAGAGGGCUCUUCCCGGCUGGUGCGCGGUCGGAUUCGGAAGAAGCCGGCACCGACGGGGCAGGAGGAUUAAUUUAAUGCCCCCCCCGGGGGGAAAAAAGCAUCGCCAGGAGUCUUAACCUGUUGAGUUUGCUGCUGCAUUGCCGGGGGGGGGGGCAGGAUUUGUGCCGUGACCCCCCCCCAACACCAAAGGGUGAGGGCUCCCCACUGCCUCGCACCGCCUGUGCCUUAGGUUUUGGGUUUGGGGGGGGGCCUGGGGGGCUCCGUCCUGCUCCCAGCUGUGACCCCCCCCCCUCCACUUUUUCCAUUGCCCAUCGCUGCUGCGGGGGGGGCGCCGGCGCCUCUCCCGUGGGGGCUCAGCUCCCCCCUCCCCAAACACUACAGGAGCCCCCUCCUCGGCACGGGGUGCCCGGGGGGGGGCCCUGCUGUCCCCUUGCCAUUUUGCCUUAUUCCCGUGUCCCCCCCCCCACAGGAGCCCCCGUGGGGCCAUCCAGGUCUCCAUCCAUCCCCAUGAAGCCAAAGACCCCUCCCGUGCCCCCCCCCUUUGCCAGGGACCCCCCCCCUUUUUUUUUUUUUCCCCCCUCUCUACUUGAAACCGGAGCGCCGGUGCCGACCAUGCCCCACGCGGCUUUUAACGCCCCCCCCCUCCUCGUGGGGGGGGGCAUUUUUUGUACACAGACGAAUAAAUCUGAUUCCAGACUUUCCAAAA